AUGCUUCGUGCUGCUUCCAACUUCCGUGCCGUCGCCAAACGCGGUCUUGUCACUGCAACCGCCACCAAGACCGGAGUGCCACGUGAUGACCGCGAGGGAAAGGAGAUCUACACGACCGUCGGAAUUGACUACAACGAGCCGAAAUUCGACAAGAUCCUCAUCGCUAACAGAGGUUUGUUUCCUCUCACGUUUCACUCUCUGAUUCCCUUUUUGCAGGAGAAAUCGCUUGUCGUGUGAUCAAAACCGCCAAGGCAAUGGGAAUCAAGACAGUCGCCGUGCACUCGGAUGUUGACAGCAACUCGUUGCACGUCAAGAUGGCCGAUGAGGCUGUUUGCGUCGGAGAGGCCCAGACUGCCAAGUCGUACCUUCGUGCCGACCGUAUUCUUCAAGCCGUCGAGGACACUGGAGCCCAGGCGGUGCGUGAUCAGAUUAGGAAAUGUAGGAGGGGUACCUCAGUUCACGUGAGAUUCACAAAGAAAAACAACAAUUUGCGACGUUGAAGUUGAAGGGAUGACAAGCAAGUGACCCGUCUUGCCUGUUUCUCUUCAAACGAGAGAGAGAGAUAGCGUUGCACGUAAAGCGAAUGAUCAAGAAAACGACGGGGCCCAUGACAAGUUCAUGUGUAUUUCUUGCAGGUGCAUCCAGGAUAUGGAUUCCUUUCCGAGAACACCAAGUUCGCUGCCGAGCUCGAGAAGGCUGGAGCAAAGUUCAUUGGACCCAACUCCAAGGCCAUCCUCGACAUGGGAGACAAGAUCCACUCGAAGAAGAUCGCCACUGCCGCCCGCGUCAGCAUGAUUCCUGGCUACGAUGGUGAGAUCGCCGACGAGGACAUGUGCGUGAAGGUGUCUCGCGAGAUCGGAUACCCAGUCAUGAUCAAGGCUUCCGCCGGAGGAGGUGGAAAGGGAAUGCGUAUCGCAUGGAAUGACAAGCAGGCUCGUGAGGGCUACAGACUCUCAAAGCAGGAGGCCGCCUCUUCCUUCGGAGACGACCGUAUGCUUGUGGAGAAGUUCAUCGACAAUCCAAGACACAUUGAGAUGCAAGUGCUCUGCGACAAGCACGGAAACGCGCUCUGGCUGAACGAGCGUGAGUGCUCGAUCCAGAGAAGAAACCAGAAGGUGAUCGAGGAGGCUCCAUCGAGCUUCGUGCACCCAGAGAUGCGUCGCAAGAUGGGAGAGCAGGCGGUUCAGCUGGCCAAAGCUGUCGGAUACGACUCUGCCGGAACUGUCGAGUUCCUUGUCGAUUCGCAGAGAAACUUCUACUUCUUGGAGAUGAACACUCGUCUUCAGGUAUUCAUACUAAUGAAAUCAGUUAUGAAACUCACAUUCUUUCACAGGUCGAGCACCCAAUCACCGAGUGUAUCACCGGAAUCGAUAUUGUCCAGCAGAUGCUUCGCGUCGCCUACGGACACGCGCUUCCAAUCACCCAGGAGCAGGUUCCACUCAACGGAUGGGCCUUCGAGUCGCGUGUCUACGCCGAGGACCCGUACAAGGGAUUCGGUCUUCCAUCCGUCGGACGUCUCUCCAAGUAUGUGGAGCCACGUCACGUUGAAGGAGUCCGUUGCGAUUCUGGAAUUCGUGAGGGAUCCGAGAUCUCGAUCUACUAUGAUCCACUGAUUUGCAAGGUAAAAAUAAAAAAAAAUCAAGGGAAUUAAUAAAAUAGCUUAGCUUGUCACCCACGGAGACAACCGCGAGCAGGCUCUCAACCGCAUGCAAGACGCCCUGGACAACUACGUGAUCCGUGGAGUCACCCACAACAUUCCACUUCUCCGCGACAUUGUCCAGGAGAAGAGAUUCCGUUCUGGCGACAUCACCACCAAGUACCUUCCGGAGGUGUACCCGGAGGGAUUCCAAGGAGCCACCCUCACGCCAACCGAGCAAGAGAACGUUAUCGCGUUUGCUUCCGCUCUCAACGCUCGCAAAUUGGCCCGCGCCAAUCAAUUCCUCAACCAGGAGCGACAGCAGAGCACUCAUGUGGCUUCCUUCGCGAAGACCUACAAGUUUGUCUCAUCGUUGCCGGUCAAGGAGGGAGAACGCCCACAGGAGCACGAAGUUGAGGUCUCGUUCCUGAACGGAGACGCCAACCAGGCUCAGGUGAACAUUGGAGGAAAGACGAUUGAGAUCAGAGGAAACGCGAGCCUCGCGCUUCCAGUCAACGCACUCGAGGUUAACGGGGAGCACGUCACCACGCAAAUUGUCGGAAAGCGCGCCGGAGAAAUUACGGUUCUCUACAAGGGAACUCCAUUCAAGGUGAAGGUGCUUCCAGAGCAAGCUGUCCAGUACCUGCAGCACAUGAAAGAGAAGGCCAAGGUUGAUCUGUCGACUGUCGUCCUCUCGCCAAUGCCAGGAGCCAUCAAGAACGUGAACGUCAAGGUAAUCUGGGGAGCGAAAUCAUGAGGAAUGCUAAUUUGUUCUAAUUUCCUUUUUCAGCCUGGAGACAUGGUUUCCGAGGGACAGGAGCUCGUUGUGAUGGAGGCGAUGAAGAUGCAAAACAGUCUGCACGCCGGAAAGACUGGACGUGUCAAGGCGGUCAACGUGAAGGUCGGCGCCACGGUCGACGAGGGAGAAGUGCUUGUCGAGCUGGAAUAG